AUGUCCGACGUCUGCAAAGAUUUGCUACGCUUGUUGGAUAGCGAAAAGCAUUACGACGUGCUUCUUUCCGUAGGUGAAGAAGGAAAGACCAAAGAGUUUAAAGUGCAUUCGCUAAUUCUUCGUGCACGUUCAACUUAUUUUGCUGCUGCUAUCAGUGAAAGGUGGGCAACGAAGAAGGAUGACAAGUUUGUUCUCAAGAAACCAAAUGUGACUCCUGCAACUAUGGAUUUCAUUCUAAGAUAUUUGUACGGUGGUGUUGUCGAUUUUGCCUCGCAACGUGCAUCUGUUAUUUUUGACGUAUUGCUUGCUACGGACGAGUUGGAAUUGUUGGAGCUAUUAAAUGACGUACAGCAGUACAUUAUAGAGAAAAAAGAUGAAUUCUUGAACGAUAAUCCGGUUAACAUCCUUAAGAAAAUAUGGUUUCACGAAUCUUUUAUUCCUUUACGGAAUAUUUGCAUCGGGAUUAUAUGUCAACAACCCAGUAUUCUGUUUGAUGGGGAUGAUUUUGUUGAAGUACCAGAGUCCAUCUUGGAGCAUAUUCUUCAGAUAGAUGACUUGAACGUACCAGAGAUAUACGUCUGGCGCAAGCUUCUAGAAUGGGGCGUCGCACAAAAUCAAGAGUUAACUUCGUUGAAUAAUUCCGGCAACUGGACGAAGGAUGAUUUUGCAAACCUAGAAAAAACAUUGCAUCAAUGUCUUCGUCAUGUUAGGUAUCAUGCUUUUCAACCGCAAGAAUUUUGUGAGAGCGUCAUGCCGUACAAAAAAUUGAUACCUAAAGACAUUAGAGACGAUAUUAUUCGCUAUUAUAUGGCCCCAGAAAACAAAUCGCCUCAAUGGAAGCCGGCUCGUGCGAGUACCCAUACAGAAAUCGACUCACGCGUCAUAAAGCGAAUGCGGGUUGACUUAAUUUCCUUGUGGAUCGACAUAAACAAAUAUUUUGCGCACACGAGAUUUCAAUACGAAUUAUUACUCCGAGGUACAAGGGAUGGCUUCGAUAGCGGCAAAUUCCAUAAUCUCUGUGACAAUAAGGGGCCGACGCUUAUUGUCUGUAAGACUAACUCGGGUAAUACGAUCAUCGGAGGUUAUAAUCCACUGAAUUGGACUUCUAACGACUCAACUUACGGGAACACCAACAAAAGUUUCUUGUUUUAUAUUAGAAAUAUUGAUGACCUUAGCUCUGCACAGAUUGCUCGUGUCAAUAACAGCUCAAACGCUGUGUAUUAUCAUAGUUCGUAUGGUCCAUGUUUUGGCAGUGGAAACGACUUGCGUGCAAACGGUACUAGUUGGUCAUCAAGCCCUAAUUCCUAUCCCAAUAUAGGGAUACCUAGUAAUUUUACAAUCCAAGAAUAUGAG